UAAUGUAGCCAAAUGUCAAAUACAUCGAUUCCGUGAACAAUUAUUGGUUGCCUAUUCAAACGGGUCCAUCUUCCUUCUGCUUCUUGAAUCGCUCAAGAAUGGCUGCCGGUACUUUAUACACCUACACAGAUAACUUUCGGGCCUCAAAAGCCUUGAUUGCAGCUCAAUAUUCCGGCGUCGAACUCAAAGUCGAAAAGAAUUUCGUCUUUGGUGAGACCAAUAAAACCAAAGAAUUUCAACAGAAGUUCCCAGGCGGAAAGGUUCCAGCUUUCGAGGGUAAAGAUGGUCAGCUUUUGCAAGACGGCAAUGCCAUUGCCUUCUAUGUGUCCAACGAACAGCUAAAGGGAAAGACUGACAUUGAGAAGGCGCAAGUUUUGCAAUGGAUCGGCUUUGCCGAGUCUGAAGUACUGCCAGCUGGAUGUGCCUGGGUUUUCCCCAUUUUGGGGAUCAUCAAGAACAACCCCAGCACCCAAGAAGCUUUUCAACGGGCGAAAAACGACAUGAAGGUAACCCUUACCAUCCUCAACAGUCAUCUCCAAACAAGGACCUUUUUAGUUGGAGAACGCGUAACAUUGGCUGAUAUUGUCGUAGCCUGCAACUUGCUGAAUCCAUAUCGAUACGUUAUGGAUCCCGAUUACAGACGACCAUUUGCUAAUGUUAACAGAUGGUUUUCCACUGUAAUCAAUCAGCCUCAAGUCAAGGCUGUUCUCGGAGACAUAGUUCUUUGUGAAAAGCCGGCCAAUGCCAGCGCAGUAGCCCAAUCUUCAGGAGACGCAGGCAAGAAGAAGAAGGACGAGAAAAAGCAGGAGAAAAAAGAGAAGCAAAAGUCUGCCCCAGCUGCAAAAGAAAAGGAACCUGAAGAGGAAUUGGAUGCUGCUGAAGCUCUUCUUGCCGCUGAACCGAAGAGCAAGGACCCCUUCGAUUCAAUGCCUAAAGGCACCUUUAACAUGGAUGAGUUCAAGCGUGUAUACUCAAAUGAAGAUGAAAGCAAAUCCAUUCCUUUCUUCUGGAGCAAGUUUGACCCAGAAAACUACUCUAUCUGGUUUGGGGAGUACAAGUACGCAGAUGAACUCAGUAAAGUGUUCAUGAGCUGCAACCUCAUUACAGGAAUGUUCCAGCGUUUGGACAAAAUGCGCAAACAGGCAUUUGGUUCAGUUUGCUUGUUUGGAGAAGACAAUAACAGCACCAUUUCAGGGGUUUGGGUAUGGAGAGGUCAGGACCUCGCCUUUACUCUAAGCCCCGAUUGGCAAAUCGACUACGAAGUAUAUGACUGGAAGAAACUGGAUCCCAAAUCCGAAGAGACUAAGGCGCUGGUCCAGCAAUACUUUUCGUGGGCAGGCACCGACAAAGAUGGUCGAAAAUUCAACCAAGGCAAAAUCUUCAAAUAAACUCAACGACAAAAUUGCACUUGUAACUCCAUUUUCAGUACUUUUUGUUUGUGAUUAAAAGCGAAAAUUUAUUAA